AAUAACCACAAAACCCACUCCCUGGUGCUUUCCCUCCCUCUCGCAAUUCUCUAUUCAGAGACAACCGUUAGACGCUUCAAUUUGCCUUCUUCUAGGGUUCACUGCUUCCUAACAGAAGGUAGGGAAGAGAAACCCCCCAUGGACAAGUAUGAGAAGCUGGAGAAGGUUGGGGAAGGCACCUACGGCAAGGUGUACAAGGCCAAAGACAAAUCCACGGGCCAAAUCGUCGCUCUCAAAAAGACCAGACUUGAGAUGGACGAGGAAGGUAUUCCUCCCACCGCUCUCCGCGAGGUCUCCUUGCUUCAGAUGCUCUCUCAAUCUCUCUACGUCGUUCGCCUCCUCUGCGUUGAGUACGUCGACGCUAAUGCCUCCGCUGCUGCUGCCGAUGAUAAUAAGGAAAAUUCCAUUUCUAAAUCUAAUCUCUACUUGGUCUUCGAGUAUCUCGACACCGAUCUUAAGAAGUUUAUUGAUUCCCACCGCAAAGGACCUAACCCUAGGCCUCUCCCUCCUGGUCUCAUUCAGAGCUUCCUCUUUCAGCUCUGCAAAGGCGUUGCCCACUGUCAUAGCCAUGGUGUCCUCCACCGAGAUCUCAAGCCCCAGAACCUUUUGCUAGAUAAGGAUAAGGGUAUUCUCAAGAUCGCCGAUCUCGGCCUUGGCCGCGCUUUCACUGUACCCCUUAAAAGCUAUACCCACGAGAUUGUUACUCUUUGGUAUCGGGCUCCCGAGGUCUUGCUCGGUUCCACUCAUUACUCUACAGCCGUAGAUAUGUGGUCCGUUGGUUGCAUCUUCGCUGAAAUGGUCAGAAGGCAAGCUCUGUUUCCUGGUGACUCUGAGUUUCAACAGUUGCUUCAUAUUUUCAGGAUGUUGGGAACACCAACUGACAAGCAGUGGCCAGGAGUAACUUCUUUGCGUGAUUGGCAUGUCUAUCCACAAUGGGAGUCCCAAAACCUGGCACGCGCUGUUCCAUCACUCGGACCUGAGGGUGUUGACCUUCUAUCGAAGAUGCUUAAAUAUGAUCCAGCUGAAAGAAUAUCAGCCAAAGCAGCUAUGGAUCAUCCCUAUUUUGAUAGCCUUGACAAGUCUCAAUUUUGAAGCUGCUGCCUUACUAGAAUUUUGUCAUAUGAUAUAUGACAGCUUUCGGAUGUUGUAUCUUUCUUCUUGCAUGUGUUCAUUAGGAUUUUUGUUUAUGCUUUAGUCAAACAUUACUUAGAAAGAUGCUUUGGUUCAUCAGCUUGGUGAUUUAACAAUUGAAACAGCAAUAGCAUAUUCAGGCCA